AGGCUGUGACUGUCCAGCAGCUGCUGCUGUUUGUGUCGGAUCACAAACGGACUCCGGCUCUUUAUUCUCCUGCGGUUCGGUUCCGCGUAUUUAUUCAAACCUCCUCUGUUAUUAUUAUUAUUAUUAUUAUUAUUAUUAUUAUUAUUAUUACUGCCUUGAAGAUGAGGUUAAACACGAGCUGCCGUCAGGUGCGAGCUGCAUCACAUGGAGUGCUGCUGCUUUUCACCUCCUCCAUCCACCAAACCGAUGCUGCACUUCCUUCUGCUGCGGUCUCAGCUGACAGAUUCUGAUAUGGACUAUGAGAGGCCAAACGUUGAAACUAUCAAGUGUGUGGUGGUGGGAGACAAUGCAGUUGGAAAGACCCGCCUCAUCUGUGCCCGGGCCUGCAAUGCUACACUGACUCAGUACCAGCUACUCGCCACACAUGUGCCCACAGUCUGGGCAAUCGACCAGUACAGAGUUUGCCAGGAGGUGUUAGAACGUUCCAGAGAUGUCGUGGAUGACGUCAGCGUGUCGCUUCGACUCUGGGACACUUUUGGAGACCAUCACAAGGACCGGCGCUUUGCAUAUGGCAGAUCCGACGUGGUGGUCCUGUGCUUCUCAAUUGCCAAUCCCAACUCUCUGUACCACGUGAAGACCAUGUGGUAUCCUGAGAUCAAGCACUUCUGCCCUCGUGCUCCUGUCAUCUUGGUUGGCUGUCAGCUUGACCUACGCUAUGCUGACCUGGAAGCAGUGAACAGGGCCCGGAGGCCUUUAGCGAGACCCAUCAAAUCAAAUGAGAUCCUUCCCCCAGAGAGAGGCCGGGAAGUGGCCAAAGAGUUGGGAGUGCCAUAUUACGAAACAAGUGUUGUUGCACAAUUUGGAGUCAAGGACGUCUUUGAUAACGCAAUCCGAGCUGCACUUAUCUCACGCCGCCACCUGCAGUUUUGGAAAUCUCACCUCAGAAAUGUGCAGCGCCCUCUCCUUCAGGCUCCCUUCCUGCCCCCGAAACCUCCCCCACCUAUAAUCACUGUGCCUCCUCCACCAAGCACCACAGAGGAGCAUCCAGUCGGCCUCCUGGAGGACCCACACUGUGCUGAUGUCAUCCUGGUUUUGCAGGAACGACAGAAAAUCUUUGCACACAAGAUAUACUUGGCAACAUCCUCUUCAAAGUUCUAUGACCUCUUCAUUAUGGAUACUCACAAUGAAGAGAAUGAAAGGCCUUCUCGUGGUCCUCUUUCUGGCCGAGAGCUGCUGAUGCGUGCUGCUAGCUUUGAUGUUUGCGAGAACAGUGAUGAUGGAGACAGGGCCAACCUGAGGGCCUGCACCAGUGACGGGACCUUGAAAGACUCUCAAGGGCGUCGAGGAGGCAGAUUGCUCUCCUCAUGGAGCAGAGCCUUUGUCAGCAUCCAGGAGGAGCUGGUAGAUGAUCCCCUGACCUACAGCCCCAGACUCAUGACUGUAGUUCACAUGGACCAGUCCAUGCAGCUCGGUCCUUUUCGAGCCGUCCUCCGCUACCUGUACACAGGUCAGCUGGAUGAGAACGAGAAGGAGUUGAUGCACAUUGCGCACAUUGCUGAGCUGCUGGAGGUCUUUGACCUGCGCAUGAUGGUGGCAAAUAUACUGAACAAUGAAGCCUUCAUGAACCAGGAAAUCACCAAAGCCUUCCAUGUACGGCGCACAAACCGAGUCAAAGAGUGCUUGGCUAAAGGCACCUUCUCUGAUGUCGUGUUCAAGCUCGACGACGGGACGAUCAUGGCUCACAAGCCUUUGCUCAUCUCCAGCUGUGACUGGAUGGCGGCCAUGUUUGGUGGGCCUUUUGUGGAGAGCUGCACUAAAGAGGUGUUGUUUCCUAACACCACUCGCAGCUGUAUGAGGGCCGUGCUGGAAUAUCUCUACACAGGGAGGUUUUGCUCCCGGUCUGACUUGGACGCGAUGGAGCUCAUUGUUCUUGCCAAUCGUCUUUGUCUCCCCCACCUGGUUGCACUUACAGAACUCUACACGGUGACAGUUCUGACGGAGGCGGCGAUGAUGGGAGCGGACAUUGACGGCGACGUGCUCGUGUACUUGGACAUGGCCCAGUUCCAUGGUGCUCAGCAACUCACCGGCUGGUGUCUCCACCACAUCUGCACCAACUACAACAGUGUCUGUCGCAAGUUUCCCCGAGACAUGAAGGCCAAGUCUGCAGAAAACCAAGAAUACUUUGAGAAACAUCGCUGGCCUCCUGUGUGGUAUCUGAAAGAGGAUGACCACUACCAAAGAGCCCGCAAAGAGCGCGACAAGGAGGACUACCUGUACCAGAGACGACAGUGUAAACGCAAAUGGCUCUUCUGGAACAUUCCCUCCUCCCCCAACUCAAACUCCUCCUCCUCUGUCAUCUGACCAAGUGCAGUUCACUCUGGUGAACGUCAGCGUGGACGCGACUUGUAAAAGGUACAAAUAAGAAGACGAGAGCACUGCUGACUAGACGCGGCCCAGAUAUUCAGGCACACAUUUUCUCCUCCCCCACUCUUCCUCUCGCGUUUGUUUGCGUCUGCAGUCAAACAGCACCCCUCCGGUUUUUGCUGAGUCAGCUCAAUCUGGCGAAAUAAUCCAGUACGGCUUUGUUCCUUGUAUUUUUAGCUCGGUGUAUAUGAAACUCAAACCUCAGUGAUAUGGACCUCGCUGACAAAACGGCACAGCGUGACCUGUGCAAAUAUCAACUCACAUCGAUUGUCACGUGUUCCACCGUGUGAGUUUGAAGUUGUGAAAAUAGCUCUCUGCUGGCACAGAACUUUCCAACUUGGGUCAUAAAAUAUCAUCAAUUAACCUGAACUGACAACCAAGUGCUGCUUAUCAGCUGCAACAAACCAGCAAUUCAACACAGAUCUAAAGUCUCAGAGAUUUAACACUUUGCCCUUAAGUGUUUGUACAAUCUACAAAACCAUGUGUACAGUAUGAUCUCAUGAACAGAGUGUAACGAAGGAAUCGCCUGCCGAGAGUCGAUGAUUGAAGACGUUCAUGUCAACGAUGAUUGUGUUUGCAGAACUGAGAAAAAUCUUCACUUUUUUCGUGCACAUGUUUUUGAAUGUUUGUGUUCUGCCUGCACGGCUCAGACUGGUUUGGGCCUAGAUGUGCUUGGUGUUUAUGUGUAUAUAUGUGUUCCUGUGAUUUGCUGUCACAAAAAGGGCUUUAGUUUACACGAAUGCAUUCAAGGGAUCCCAAAACAAAGGAAAUAUCAGUUCUUCUGUUCCAGAUUACUUUUAUUCCCCAUAUGUUGCUUGAUUAGCUUCAUUGGCUCAGAUCUUACAGUACCUUGUUCAGACUCUAAGAAAAUGUUACUAUUGUUUUCUUUCUUCUUUUUCGUUUCCAGAUUUUGUCCAGACUGGUUUUCAAUGUCUGGACAGUAAAAAAAGGAAAAAAAGAUCAGAUUUAAUUGAAAUCGUGCACUCUCCUAACCACCUGCUGCUAAUGCAUUCAAGGAACCUUGUAAAUUGUAAUAGUUCAACACACAUUCUGUCCACUAAAAUGUUGCUGCUGCCACCUUGUGAAAAUAGGUCCCAACUAUUGAUAAAACAUUCUUCAAUUAUGUAGUGAACUUUUUACUAUAUAUUAUAUGAUUGUCAGUGAAUUGUCUGUUGACUUCGUCCUGCUUCAAACUAUUAUUUUAUUGGCCUUUAAAAGUUCCACUAUUGAUGGACCUUAAAUUUUUACUCACCAAUUUUAUUUUAUUUUUUUUAUUUAUCCUUUAUUUAGCCAGGAAGGUCCCAUUGAGAUACAAGAUAUCUUCUUCCAGGGAGUCAAGAAAGCAGCAUAGAUAGUACAAAUAGUUACAGAGACCAGACAAUUUCAGAUAUAAAACUGAACUAAGGAGAGUAUAAA